UACACUUAAGUUGGUAAAGCAUUAAAGGGAGAGAAUUCUUUUGUCACUGGUAAUUCAACAUUGGUUGUUGUUGAAUUCAUGUUUUCUUCCAAACCUUUUCCUUUUCCUUUACUUUAUUUCUCCUACUUACCUUUUCUACCAAAUAGCUUUAUAUCUUACUAUUAUUAUGUGAGGAAGUCUAUUUAGCUUAAUUUCUUUGAAGCUGUUUUUGAUCAUCUUGAGAAAAUAAAAAUGAAUCAGGAAAUGAAUGGAGUGGAACCUGAAAGGAUCCAAGAGAAAAUAGAUUAUGUAUUUAAGGUUGUUGUGAUUGGUGACUCAGCAGUAGGAAAGACUCAAAUAUUGUCAAGGUUUGCAAAGAAUGAGUUCUGUUUUGACUCAAAAUCAACCAUUGGAGUUGAAUUUCAAACAAGAACUGUCACAAUUAAUGGUAAACUCAUCAAAGCUCAGAUCUGGGAUACUGCUGGCCAAGAAAGGUACAGAGCGGUUACAAGUGCAUACUACCGAGGAGCAUUAGGAGCCAUGCUGGUUUACGACAUAACCAAAAGACAAACGUUCGAUCAUGUUGCUAGAUGGGUCGAGGAACUACGAUCACACGCAGACAGCUCCAUUGUGAUCAUGCUAAUUGGUAACAAAGGUGAUCUUGUGGAACAAAGAGUGGUACAGACUGAAGAUGCUGUGGAGUUUGCAGAUGAUCAGGGCCUAUUUUUCUCAGAGACAUCAGCACUGAGUGGUGAAAAUGUGAACUCUGCUUUUUUGAAAUUGCUUGAAGAGAUUAAUAAGGUUGUCUCAAAAAGGUCAUUGGAGUGUAAUAAUAAUAUUGGAAAUAAUGUUGGUACACUUAAAGGAUCGAAAAUUGAUAUAAUCUCAGGUGCUGAAUUAGAAAUUAGUGAAAUGAAGAAAGUAGUACCUUCAUGUUCAUGUUGAUAUAAAUUAAAGAGAGAAAAAGAGUGAAAAGUAGUACAUAUAUAUAUAGUAAUGGGGAUAAUAUGUGGUGAUGAGUGAAGAUCAAUUUAAUCUGAUAUUUGCUUUC